AUGUUGCACAUUUGGGAAUCAGUUCCGCACACGGAAUCAGUUCCCACGAUUCCGGAAUUAACCCGAAGCAAUUCCGGAAUCGAUACACACAAUUCCGCGGAAUUCCUACCAAUUCCGGAAUCGAUACACACAAUUCCGCGGAAUUCCUACCAAUUCCGGAAUCGAUACACACAAUUCCGCGGAAUUCCUACCAAUUCCGGAAUCACACCCACCCCCUACACCCUCACAUAUCAUCUCCCCUAUACGCGACCGAAUUCCGUUUACGGAAUUCCGGAAUUCAGUCAUCCACGGAAUCGCUAG